UGGGGAACUUCCUCUACCUCCUACAUAUUCUCUUCUGGAAGCACGUCUGUCGUAGCUACACUAUGGAGUGCUUGGUUGGCCAAUAUCCCGCAGCUAAUUUUGUCCUCCUGCUACUUCACGAUCAACCAAGUUUGCACUUCCAUGGCUGGGGCUGAAGAGUGGAACAACCUAGCGACAUCCAGGAAAGGCCUCAGAGUCACCCAGCCAUAUGAUAAUCAAAGAAGUACAUACUUCCUAGAACUACCAUACAGAUGGAGUCUUCCUCUCCUUGCAAUCAGCGGAACACUCCAUUGGUUGAUGUCUCAGGCUUUUUUCCUCGUCCGAAUAGACACGUGGAAGGUCGGUGUACUGAGCUCAACAGCAGCGUGCGGAUUCUCAGCUUUGAGCCUUGUAGUUUUACUAGUCGUUAUUUUCGUAUUGCUCGGCAUCAUAGGCGCCGUUGGACUCAGGAAAAGACAAACAAGGGUACCCAUUGUGUCGUCUUGUAGCUUGGCGAUAAGCGCUGCUUGUCGUCCGCCGCCUGAAGAAUUCGAUGCGCACUUGGCCAAGCUUCAAUGGGGCGUCACGGGAAAUGAGGUUGUUGAAGGCUUCGGACAUUGUUCGCUUUCUGCAGGAAGCGUGACCGACCCGGUAGAGGGGAAGAUAUACUACUAG